GGAAAGCGCGAUAAACAACCAUUAGUCAAAACACAAUUAAAGGAUUUAUUAUUCAAAUCAAUUCAGAUAAAGAACAAUAAUAUCACAUGUCAGGAAAUUGAAACACAUGUGAAAGAGUGGCUUAAGCAAGCACCACAACGCAAGAAAAGAAAAAAAUCCAUUUAAGUUAGUUAAGGUGAAUGUUGAGCAUUUGUUUUUAAGUUUUUUUAUUUUGUUUUCGAUUUUUUUAAAACUAUUUUCUAUGUUGGUAUCUGAGGGGAAGAGACAAAUAUUUUUAGUGUAAAAACUAUAGUACAUAUAUUUUUUUUAUUAAUAUUUUUAUAUUAGGUACAUUUUUUGGUGGGUAAAUUGUGUUGCACAUACAAAAUAUUAUUAUGUAUAACAAAAAACAAUAUAAAACUAUUGUUGGUAAGAGGCAGUUCUCUAGAAGAGUUGCAAAAGAGAGGCAGGAAUUAUUUCAGAUGUGUUCAAUGGAUAGUAGUAAUGUUGAAGUCACUGCAGAUAAUAAUUUUGAUUUAGAUACAAACUUUUUAAAUGCUGAUAAAUCUUCAGAACUGUUAGAUCCUAACUCUAGUUCUAAUUUAUCAGAUGAACAUGAUUUAAACAUUGAAUUAUUUAAUGAACAAAUUGAAUUUAAUACAGUAAUUAAUGAAUAUUGUGAGACAAAUGUCAGUAAGUCUGUUGACGUUGAAGAUAAUAAACAACUAGAUUUACAAUCACAGUUAAGAAAAUGGGCAGUUUGUUCCAAAGUAAGCCACUCGUCACUUAAUGGAUUGUUAAAAAUACUUGUUCCUUUACAUCCAGGUCUUCCUCUUGACAGCCGGACUUUAUUAAAAACACCAGUAAGUACUUCUGUUAAACAAUUAGGAAAUGGAGAAUAUUGUCAUAUUGGUAUUGCCAAAGGGUUAAAGAGUUUAUUACCCUUUUCUUGUAAAGAUGAAGUUAUAAAAAUAAGCGUUAAUGUUGAUGGAAUUCCUUUGUACACCAGCUCUAAAUUACAAUUUUGGCCCAUUACUGCAAUUAUUAGAAAUUUUAACAGUCCUCCUUUUGCCAUUGGGAUAUUUUGUGGAAAUUCGAAACCAUCGCCACUAUCUGAUUUUUUAGAAGAUUUUAUUCAAGAAUUUGCUUUUUUAAAAGAAAAUGGUAUUUUGAUUCAUGACCACACUUACAGUAUUGAAAUAGAAAAUUUCAUAUGUGAUGCACCCGCUAAAGCUUACCUAAAAUGUAUUAAAUCCCACAAUGGAUACUCAUCAUGUGACAAAUGUUGGGAAACUGGAGAAUACCAUCACAGAUGUGGAAAAGUUAUUUUAAAAGGAAUAAAUGCAUUACGAAGAACAGAUGAGCAGUUUUUGAGAGAGAUGGAUGAAGACCACCAUCUUGGUAAAACACCUCUCCUGGAUUUAAAUAUUGGUUUGGUUUCAUGUUUUACUAUCGACUACAUGCAUGCUGUGUGUUUGGGAGUUAUGAAAAGGUUACUUACCACUUGGAUAUCGGGAAAUUUGUCUGUUAGACUUAAAAACGCUGAUGUGCAAAUAUUAUCUAAACGUUUAAUUUCUUUAAGAAGUUUCAUUCCAUGCGAGUUUAACAGAAAGCCCAGAGCCCUAGAUGAAAUAGCUUAUUGGAAGGCUACAGAAUAUCGAACUUUUCUUUUAUAUCUAGGUCCUUGGGUGUUGAAGAAUAAAAUAAUUGAUUUGGCUAUUUAUGAGCAUUUUUUGCUAUUACAUGCUGGGAUAUCAAUAUUAUCUUCCUUAAGACAUAUAGAACAAUUUGGUUGUAGUACUGCCCAAAAUAUAUUAAAUAAUUUUAUUGCACAUUGUGAUCAUAUAUACGGUUUGGAUUUUUAUGUUUAUAAUACACAUAUUUUAUGCCAUUUAGCUCAUGAAGUUGAGAAAUUUGGACCAGUAGAUUCUUUUUCCGCUUUUCCUUUUGAAAAUUUUUUAGGCAUUAUGAAAAGUUUUAUAAGAUCACCUACAAAACCUUUACAACAGAUUAUUCGACGACUAGAAGAAAUUAACUUUUGCGACACAGAUUUUACUGUAAUGAAGAAUAAUUUUUCUUUUAAAUUAGAACACAAUGAAGGGCCAACUCUUGAUAUUAUAAUGAACAAACAAUAUAAAAUUUUACUCCUAAACGGAUUUACAAUUCGCAUUGUUACAGCAGAUGAAAGACGUGCAGAUUCUUACUGCAAGCUUAAAGAUGGUUUAGUUAUUGAAGUUCAUAACAUUUGUGUAACUCAACAAAAUGAGACCUUAAUUGUAGGAAAACAAUUUCAAACAUAUGAUUCUCUUUAUAGCACCCCAAUUGAUUCCAAGGAGUUGGAUAUACAUGUUUUGAAAGACUUAACAGUUCUUAAACAUUGGAAUGUUGAAAGUAUAUACACAAAGUGUAUGGUUUAUCCAAAUCAAAACGAUGGUAGUUUUGUAUGUCUUCCAUUGUUACACAAAUAAAUGAGCAGUAGAACAUUUUUUUAUGUAAUCGGUUGAAUUAUGGGCAAGUAUUUAAUAAAGUACAUCCUUUUUUAAUAUUAAAAUGCAUAUAUAAACGUGUCAGAAGUUCAAAAUUUAUAUUGAUACUUACUUUUAUUAAAAAGACAUUAAUUACAAAAACAAAUACAAGGAAUCCACACUAGUUACAUUUUUUUAAAACCCUGCCGGUAUAUGGCGAUUUCAUUUGUUAAAAUCACUCGUAGAUGUAGAUAAAGUACUUAUAUUCAAUAUUUCCUGACGUUUAUUGUAAGUUCAUUUAUAAAAAACUCUUGUGUUUUGGUCAACUCAAUUUAUUUUAAAGGUUUUAAACAUUACAUACGUUUCAGCUUUUUUCGCCACUUUCAAAUGCUAUUUUUUUUUAAACAAAACAACCGAGACUUAUAGUAAACAUUCUCAUUCCAUUGUUCAGAACUUUUUCUUAUGUAGGGUAAUAGAUUAGUUGCUGUUGUUAGUUAUACUGAAAUAAACAGUGCU